GUCAAUGUCAAAAUCCUAACCUUAUUUGUAUCACUGGUUCACGCCGUACAGCAGUUUGAUUUGAUUUUAUUCUUUUAAAUAAGAGUGAGAAGUUAAUUAGAUACAAUGGCUAAAGUGAAAAAUAAGAGAAAUUCGGGCCUCGCAGACAAAGUUCAUAACAAAAAGAAAAAUGAGAUAAACAAGAAGAAACUGAAUCCUUUCGAAGUCCACAUUAACAGGGAGAAACUUAAAGUUUUGGGUAAGAAGUCUAAGCAUGACAGAGGGUUACCUGGUGUGUCGAGAGCGAAAGCUAUACAGAAGAGAAAGGAGACGUUAGGCACAGAAAUGAAGCUAAUGAAUAAGACCAAUGCGUUUAUUGACCGUCGUAUUGGAGAAAAGAGCGCUCAGCUCUCAGCGGAAGAGCGUAUGGUGGCCCGAUUCGCAGCUGAACGUGCAAAGCAGCAUAAUAAGAAGAAUAUUUACAAUCUCGCUGAUGAUGAGGUUUUAACUCACAGGGGUCAAACAUUAGAGCAGAUUGAAAAGUUCGACGAUCCCAGAUCUGAUGAUGAGGAAGAUGAAGAUGGCAGAAAGUUUGGUGGACUUGGUGAUGAGUUUGUGGCAGAUGGACAUUUUGGUGGAGGAAUGCUAUCUAAAACUGACUCCAAAGAUGGUGCUAAAUCUCAUAAAGACCUCAUAGAGCAGUUGAUAGCUGAAUCUAAGAAGAGAAAAGCAGAGAAACAGAAGGAAAAAGAACAAACUCUAGAUCUAACAGAGAAAUUGGACACUGAGUGGAAAGAUCUCCAACCUGUUGUGUUUAAGAAGAUGAAGACAGAAGAAUCUGCUAUUGAGAAGCUUUUAAGUCAAGCUGAAAAGAAAAGUAUGGACUAUGAUAAGAUGAUGAGGGAACUUAAGUUUGAGAAGCGAGGCACUCCUUCAGAUGGUCUAAAAACGGAUGAAAAGCAAGCUAAAGAAGAGAGGGCCAGAUUAGAACAGCUGGAGAAGGAAAGAGAAAUGAGGAUGUUGGGAGAAGAGGAGCAGAUUGCCGUUAAAAGCAAACAGACUACAACUAAACAUAGAUCAGCUGAGGACUUGGAUGACAAUUUUGAGCUUGAUGAUGAACAUGAUUUUAUGCUUGCCUAUGACAAGGAUGGCAAACCAUUGGUUCCUGAGAAAGUUUUAAAGGAUUUUUCCGUUCCAAAUGCAAAACCCAAGUUCGACGAUGGAAUAUCAGAUACUUCUGAUGAAGAAGAUGAAGGGGAUGAUGACAGUGAUGAUGAGGAGAAUGAAGAACAAAAUGAUAAUGAAUCCAAUGCCAGCAAUCAAAGUGAAGAUAGUAAUAAGAAAAACAAAUCAAAAGAUAAAAACAAAGUUAAAUUAGUUUCUAAUAAAGACGAUGAUGAAUCUGAUGAUGAUGAUGAAGCUACUGAUGAUGACAGCGAAGAUAUAAAACCAGAUGUCAAAAGUAAAGCUAAAGAAAAACCAAAAGUGAAUGGAAAUAAAGUAGAAGAAAAGAAAUCGAAGAAAAUCGAAGAAGAUAACACAGUACUAUUUCAGAAUUCGAAAGAAGAUGAUGAGUCUAGUGAUGAUGAGGAAGGCAGUGAUGAAGAAAGUGAUGAGGACGAUGAUGAAAAUGAUGAAGAAAAUGAAAUAGACUUGAAUAAUCUAAAUGAUUUGAAGGAAUCUGAUGUGGAGAGUGAAGAAGAACAGGUACCGGAAGAUGUUGAGAAGAUUGGUUCCUUCUUUGAUGUUGAUGAUGGGGAAGGGGAUAAAUUGAAGGAAUUAUUAAGUGGAAAGACACCAGCUCAACAAUCAACCGCCCUACAAAACUUAAUAAAAAGCUACGAUCCAAGUCUAUCAGAGAAAAAUAAAGAUAAACUAACAAAACUAUUUGCGUACAUGUUACAGUAUGUUAAUGACUUAUUUACCGAUUUAAAGGAAGAAAGUGACGUCAUCAAAGCAUUUCUCGUCUUCGACAGGCUUGCCCCAUAUUUCUAUGAUCUAUCACAAACAAACAAGGUAUCCUCUAAAAAAUACAUGGCAGAGUUACUAAAAGAAAAAUAUGGGCAGUACAAAAAGCGACAAAAACGCGUUCCUGACAUGGACACGUUAAUAUUCUUCAAAUUAAUUUCUUUAAUAUAUCCAACGUCAGAUUUCCGACAUCCGAUCACAACGCCAUCUAUGAUAUUUAUGUCCGAAAUCUUAACUACAUGUAGGUUCAACGACGCAUACUCAAUAUCAAGAGGAUUAUUUGUAACUACCCUCAUUUUAGAAUACACAAUUUUAUCAAAAAGAUUAGUACCAGCUGCAAUUAACUUUUUAAGAGGUAUUUUAUAUUUAAGCGCUAACGUUACAGUUUUAAAUCCCAUACAAGUAGUACCGCCUUUUAGAUUACAUAAAGAUUCUAAAAUUUUGAAUUUAGAAGAAGACUGUUCGAAAAUGGACGUCGAAGGCAAGAUGGCGGCGCGGGAUUUUACUUUAACGGAAAUCAAUAAUGAUUUUAAAAUACGUUGUUUAUCGACAAGUAUGGGGAUUUUGAAGGAAUUUUUUGAUUAUUUUAAUGAUAUUGAGGCACAGGUUUAUUUGUUUGAGCCUCAUCUGAAGAUGGUUGGUAGGAUAGACUUGGAUUUGUACCCUCCAAAGGUUGCUAAUAGGGCGAAUCAGAUUAUUAAGUAUAUGAAGACUGGGUUGGAGAUGAAGACGUUCACUCCUCUUACAAGAGAGAAGAAGAGGCCGAAAGCUUUAAGGCUGUACGAGCCGGAUGUACAAGAAGUGUUUACGGGUAGCAAGAGUGCCAAAUUGUCUCGGGAACAAGCCGAAUCCCAGCGGCUGAAGACUAAAUACAAGAAGGAGAUGAAGGGAGCUCUCAGAGAGAUCAGAAGAGACAAAUCCUUCAUCGGUUCCGUCAAGAUACGGCAGAAGAUACAUGGCGACAACAUAAGAAAAGAGAAAGUGAAACAGAUCUACAAGGAGGCAUCAAUACAACAGGGCGAAUUAAAUAAAUUAAAACGCAUGAAAUAAUGUUAGUUUAUUUAUUGAAAUAAGUGAAAUAAAAAUGUUAAAUACUAAAAAUUCACAUUGUCAUUUUAUUUUCUUACUGUAUUUGAGGUAUAUUUGGCAGUAAACUUAACAGGUACUUCAUAUGUAAUGAUUUAAAUUGAUUAUCAAGUCUAUUUAUUGGGCUUGUAUUUGAUUUGAGCGGCUCUAGGUGGUCUCUCGUACAAUAGAUUAUUGGAAAAUGAAAUGCUAUUGGUUAGGCUGUAACUUUAAGUCAGAUAGAGAGGGUGGACUUAAAGCUACAUCAGCGCCAUCUAGUCAACGCUAAAACAACAGCCUUGAUUGAACGAAUAAUCUCGGUUUCUUGCUUGUUGUUUUCCAUAGGUAUACUACUCUUAUCCUACUCCUAUUACACAGCUGCUCUUGUGCUAUUUAUAAAUUAGUAAAAGACUGACCGACAGAUAUUCGUAUUGGUAAUGUGUGUGAACCCAACGGCGCCAUCAACUUUACUAAAGCAAUGUUAUAGUUAGUGAAAAAAAACUUUACAGAGCUGUCUUUUCUACGUGUCUCAAUAGGAAUAAAUGAUAGAUUUAGCCUAGUUCUUAUUAACUUGUACUUAAAAAUGCAUUUUCCGGAGCUGCUAUUUGUCGUAAACCUUUAGGAUUUGUCGUCGUAAUCUAAAAUAGUGGAAUUGUUGAGGUCCGUUUUGGUAUUUCUGAUAUGCGUAAACAUUGACUUUGGCUUAAACAUUUAAAUGAUUUUAUUAUAAUUUCUUUGAAAAAUUAAAGCCAGUAAUUUACAUUUUGGGUUUCGGUUUGUUGCGCUGCCAUAUUGAGUAGUUGAGGCAGGUCGCGAAUGACAGCCAGCCGAGGUAAGGCACCAUAAAGUAGGCGGUGGUCGGGUCGACGUUGUAGAAGCUGUACGUGCAAGCUGCUGCUGCGGCGUCCAGUGCUAGCAUGUUGGCGAGACCC